AUGACGCGUCCCUUCGAUGUUCUGCCCCUUAUGCGGCUGAUGCAGAGCUAUUCAUCACUUCGAUGCGACGUCUGGACACUUAAUCCCGGGCGCGAUAAUCGCUCCCCACAACCUCACGGUGUCGAAGAUCGAGACAUCCACAAUGCAGUGUUUGCAACUCAAAACUCGCUUUGGGCGCAUCCUGAUCCGAAAUUCCUCCCAAGUCUCAACCGCAUAUCCUUCUCUCCUCACGGUACACUGAGUAUUAGUGUUCAAGACGAAGCUCUCGAGGACUGGAUGAAGACCAGCAAGAUGAGGCAAUGGACUGGUGCUGAUUGGAAACGUAAGCGUGGCAAGGGGAUAGACAAAGACGGUACGUGGCUGAAAGACAGGCAAGAGCACACGCGGAAGUACCUGGAAGCAUCUGGAAUGAAUGUCGAGCUGUUGAAGGGGUGGAAAGUGACCGUGGGUGAAGGGGCAGGUUAG